AUGCUUCAAGCACUUCAGAAUCUGAGCUCGAAUAAUACGCCUUCCGGUCCAUUCACCUUUACUCGAUCUUGGUGGUACCAAUCCUACAACCUAUAUGCAUAUGACAAGUCGGUGAAUAAUGCAAAGACAGAGCAACUUAUGACGACAGAAAAGUCUUCCUUACCGCAAAGGCCAGCUCAAAGUGCUUUACCAUCACCACCGAAUCCUAUCUACGAACGAUACAUACCUCACCUAGAUAGUUAUUUCUGUCUGUCAAUAUUUGGGAAUUCCGACCCGGAUAUCGACUUAUUGCACACCUGGUUAAAUGAUCCACGAGUAGAUCAGUUUUGGAAAGAUGCUGCUACUCGAGAGGAACAUGUGAAAUGGCUCAAAGUUAGAUACGAUGCUUCACAUAUAUUACCUGUGCUUGGUUCAUAUCGUGGUACAGCUGGUGAUAAAUCUAUAUAUGAGCCUUUUGCGUAUUAUGAAAUAUAUUGGGUUGCAGAAGAUAAGAUUGGAACAUUCUACUCAGUAAAACCAUACGAUCGAGGGAUUCAUAUGCUCGUUGGCUCCUCUGAUCAUCGAGGUCCGCAUAGAGUUAAAUCAUGGUUACCUUCUCUAGCUCAUUACAUAUUCAAUGACGAACCACGUACUGAGCGAAUAGUUUCAGAACCAGAUUGUAGAAAUUCAAAAAUGAUUAGUUACCUUGAAAGCUUUGGAUUCAAAAAAACUGCAGAGGUUGAUAUGGGACAUAAAGUUGCAGCGCUUAUGAUCCUUGAUAGAGACGAAUUCUGGGCGAAGUGUCCUCUCUGA